AUGCACCUCGCCCUCUGGAUCACCAUCCCCGCAGUCCUCUACAAAGCGCGCUGCCUCACCAACCGCCACUACGCCCGCUGGUUCCGCCACCGCGUCCACCGCGACGUAUACUGCUCGCUCGCCGUCCUGGUCUACGGGCUCCUCCUCCUGUACUACCUCCUCCACCUAGGCGGGGCCAUCCUAGCGCUGAGCCAGAGCCCCGCCCCGGAAGCCCCCCACUCCCACACCACGCUCACGCUCACGCUGCCCGACGACACAGGUACUAUCCCGCCCCCCCCAACACCACUCAGGAUCUUCGCGAUGGCGGUGGACGACUUCGACCGCCACGGGAGCGGGGCCCUCCAGCGCCACGGGGAUCUCCGACUACUACUCCAGAGCUAG